AGGCAAAUGCUUUUCAGGAAAGACUUAUCCAUCCCAAUGUCCCAUAAAUGCAUGGCUGAAAAGCAUCUGCUUUCAUAGGUAGCAAGUCUGAAGUUGCUUACUAAUUGCUGUGUAAGGGGAAUACACAAUCCACUUAAUCCACCCUUCCUGAUUCUAGGCCUGAAUCACCCUCAUCAAAGGCCCAUUCAGGUGUUUUUGUGCUGAUGUUUGAUGGAACUCUCUCAUCCACUGAUGGCAAGCAAUUACAGAUACCGCAAGUUCCAAGAGUUCCAACAUGCUACCAGAUUUGGAGUGUUGAAGAUAUGGGCAGAGCUGAGGUUGAAAUUCUGGGGUCUGGAAUUGUGGUGCUGGAAGAAAUGGCGAAGAUAAUGUCCUGUGUACAUGGUUGGGCAAUCACAUCCCGUGAGCAGAAGGGUCUCCCCCCAUAUGAAGAUGUAGAGGUUCAGCCAUUUCAAAAACUGGAAUUGAGCAUUUGGGAGCUACUGAUGAAUCAUAGAGGUGAAUAUGAUGAAGGUGUGCAGGGGCUGCACAGAAUUACAAGAAACAUUGAAGUGUGGAGCAGGUAUUUGAACUUCCUGAUGAGCUUUGCCAAUUUUCACCAAUUCACCAACUGGGGAUAUGUCUGGACAGCUGGAGCAGAUGGGGAAGUUAGUCAUUGGAAUGGCUUGGGGGAAAGAGAGGAAAUUGUUCAACUUCUGGAAACAAAUCAGGUGCAUUGUGCUCCUGGGAAUCCCCCAGUUAUAGUGGAGACAAAGAGAGCCAAUACAGGAGGAUUGGUAUUGGAGGCACUUUCAUUUGUCUUCACAGGGUCUUUCAUACAACUGCCUCUCUUGCAGAAUGAACUGGGAAAUGAGGAGCAAAAUGGCAACCAUUUGCAGAUAAUCCAGGAUGCAGCCAACUACCUGCAGAGAAUAAUUGUCCUCAUCCAGAUGGAAGAAACUGAGUCUCGCACCUUCUACCCCAGAGGAGGAGAGGAGAAUAUAAGAAGAUAUAGGGAUGAAAGUGGAAAUUGGCUGGGGAUCCUCCUGAUUCAGACUUGGGAUCAUCAAGCAAACAUUUUGCACAUUCUUCCUGUUAUACCUUCACUUCGUAGCAGGGAGGGGAACUCCUACAAGGAGAGAGUGGUAGAUCCGAUCUGCAUUUAUUACAGAGAAUGGAAUGGAACACGAAAGCAUGUGGCCAUAAAUCUGAUGCACCUAAUUCAGGUUAACUCGUUCAUGGGCAGUGGGAAGAAUUCUCCCCAGAAAACAUUUGAUCCCAGUGCCCUGGCAGGGCUUCCUCCCACUCUUUCACAUGCACAUCAUCAACUGAGCAGCACAGCGGCGUCCCUUGCCUUCUCCUGCGAUCCAGCGAAGUCCCCUCGCUGCGAUCGCAGCGAGAGCCUCCUGUGUCCACGGGAACUGCAUGAGCAAAUAUGGUGGGGUGUGCAAGCAGAAGAUUCAGGGGAUGCAGAAGAUCCAGGAAAUGCAGAGGAUUCAGGGGAUGCAGAGGAUUCAGGAGAUGCAGAAGAUUCAGGAGAUGCAGAAGAUUCAGGGGAUGCAGAAGAUUCAGGGGAUGCAGAAGAUUCAGGGGAUGCAGAAGAUUCAGGGGAUGCAGAAGAACCUGAGGAUCCCAAUGUCCCAAUCCGCCCAGCACAAUCCUCCCUCCGCAGAAUCUGGAAGCCGUUCGGCUCUUUGGUCUUGCGUGAGACUGUUUCUUUUGGAUGGGUGAAGACACGAAACCGGCUGGAAAGUGAAGAGACAGAUAUAUGCAGGGAGCGAUGA